CAGGAUCUGCUCUGAGAGGAGCAUUUAGCACUCUGCACCAUGAAGGGGACGCUGCUUGUGCUGGCCUUGCUGGUGACCGGGGAGCUGGGCUUCCAGACAACGGAAGCAUGUAUUACUUUCUUUGAAGCCUUUACUGGAAUGGCCAUUGGAAACAAAGCACUAAUGAAUCUCAUCCUUACCAAAUUUGAACCUACUGGCCAGGAGAGGGAGGCUUUUGAAAAACUCCAGGAAUGCUACAAUGGGUUAGGACUGAGGGGCAAAUUGCUGGAUGCCAGAGUUAUGGAAGCCAUCCUCCUCAGCCCAGAAUGCAGGAAUUACUAUACCACAGACAUCUUGGACAAAAUUAAGAAACUUCUUUCCAAACUAACCUCUAUGUAAUAUGAUGGCUGAUCUGGUGUCAUCUGGCUGCCCUGUCCUGUGUCCCUCCUGAAGUUGGAAUCCAGACACCUGUCCCCUCCUUGUCCAGUCUGUUAAGCUGAUUCUAAUAAACACCUGCAGCUCUGCUCUC